CAAUAUAACCCUCCGCCCUCCCUUUUCUCUCUCCAACCACUCCGCCCCGCCCCGCCUCCCUGUCCUGUGCGCCCGUCGCGACAACCAUCUGACUAAGCAGCGCCCCGCGCUCGCGCUCCGCGCAGCGGCCCAUGGCGCCGGCGGUGGGGAUCAAGCGGACCGCCGCGGCGCAGGCCGUCACGGUGCAGGCGCCGCCGCCGCCGCCCGACGCGCGGCUGGUGCGCGAGGCCGUGCGGACCUCCACGAUCGCCGAGGCCGUCGCGCCCGCGGCCCUGGAGGCGCCCGCGCCCGCGCUCGAGGGCUUCCUCUGCCUCGAGGAGGUGGAGGGCCGGCGGUGGAAGUACGUGGUGGAUGCGGCCCCCGGGAAGGGCAAGGGGAAGGGCCGGGGCAGGGGCGGGUCCGCCGUCCCCCUGGGGGCCUCCGUCAGGGCCGUGCCGCUCCAGUCGCCGCUGCCGCCCGCCGAGGAAAUAAUGGCGUUUGUAAGAUCGUAUGUUGUGCCUGAAGGGUUUCCAGACAGUGUUACUCCUUCAUACGUCCCAUACAUGACCUGGAGAGCUCUCAAGCAUUUUUUUGGUGGAGCAAUGGGCGUGUUCACAACAAGAACCUUGCUGAGCUCCGUUGGAGUCUCUCAAAGCAAGGUUACCCCGGGUGCCAUUGCUAUCAAUUGGAUCCUCAAGGACGGUGCUGGACGUGUUGGAAAAAUGCUUUUUGCGCGACAAGGGAAGAAGUUUGACAAUGACCUAAAGCAGCUCCGCUUUUCUAGUGAUCUCUUGCUGGAGAUAGGCGCUGGGAUAGAGUUAGCUACUGCAGCCUUCCCUCAGUUUUUCUUGCCUAUGGCUUGCGUUGCAAAUGUUGUAAAGAAUGUCGCUGCUGUUACGUCGACCUCAACUCGCACCCCAAUCUACAAGGCAUAUGCAAGAGGAGAAAAUAUUGGAGAUGUGACUGCUAAAGGCGAAUCCGUCGGGAACAUUGCAGAUCUGCUGGGCACUGGUUUGAGCAUCUUUAUCACAAAGCGGAACCCAUCGUUGGUGACUUCAUUUGCCCUCCUGUCAUGUGGAUAUCUCCUGAGUUCAUAUCAUGAGGUGAGGUCUGUUGUGCUGAAUACCCUAAACAGGGCAAGGUUUACUGUUGCAGUGGAUUCCUUUAUUAAGACAGGGUAUGUUCCCUCGUUGAAGGAAGGAAACUCGCAGGAGACGAUAUUUAUUCAUCCUUGGCGGCAUGAGCCAGUUUCAAUAGGAUCACGAUUUGGAGAAGCAUUUCAAGAACCCGUUUCAUUUGUUGCCACAAGGCCUUUGUUUGAGGAUGAGCGAUACAUGGUUACAUAUAACCCAACGAAGGAUAAAGUAUAUGCGUUACUCAAGGACCACGCAAAGCCAGAUGACAUUCUCAAAGCUGCUUUCCAUGCCCAUGUGUUGCUGCAUUUCAUCAAUGUAUCACAUGAACGGAAGAGGAUGAGCUCCAAUCGAUCAGAUCACUACGGGAACCCGCACCCACGGAACAUGGAUUUCCUGGCACACAUCGCAGAAUCCUGCAAAAUUGUGUCAUCCUCUUACGGAACAUUCAGGAAGAAAGCUAAAGAACAGGGUUGGAUAAUGUCGGAGUCACUUCUUAACCCUGGGAAGGCUCGAUUAUGCGUCACGAGACCGCAGUGACUUCACUAUUUCCAUUUACCAUCGACUGGAUGAUACCAUCUCUAGCUGUUAUUCUAGCUUUUUCGACGAAGAUGGGACAUGAUGCUGAUGAGUUGUUGGUAGCUGAACUAACAUGUGUUGGAGCCCGGCCUAGGUGUGAACCAGCGAGCCUAUCAUCUCGUGCAACCCCCUAACCGCUGUAUCAACUACACCUGCCGAAAUCCGGGGACACCAAGAAGCUGUAAGUCGUCGUGGAAAAAAUAACGCGGGACGAGAUAUGCUCGCGCCGAGCCAUGCGAAGACCGAGGGCGACCUCCAACUGCUAACUGCAUAGGAGUAGGUUCCCUAGAGGGACGUAUAUUUAAGUUUGCUGGUAGUAGCGUCGCUGUGAUGGAGAGGACUUGCUAACUGUAUGUAGCCUGUUCGUGAGUGGUGUUCGUCGGCUGCGGAGUCGUUUUCGGAAUGUAGGAAGAGCUGUUUCCUUUUUUGUUGACCUGCCGUACUUCGGGAUAUGGUGUUCGACUGUUCGUCAUUCACCUUUGUAGGGCCGCUUGUUGUAAGUUGCAGUUUUUGGGAUGGAGAGUGUUUUUAUGUCGAUGCUUGUACAUACUAGUACCUGCUUGUUGUUGUAAUAAUCGGAAGCGUUUUGCUGUUGAGUUAAA